UGAAUAUGGAUCCUCAAUUACGACUUGAACUAACAAAUAAAUAUCUUGAGUAUAGAAAUACAGCUACAAAAAUUGGGCUUGAGGAGGCUUUGGUAUUGAUAACUGUUUCUUCAUAUAUAUUUUUAUGAGUUCAUCUAACGAUGAUCCUUAUAUUUUUAUAUAAGGUACAAUAUAAGCAAGUUGAAGAGCCAAAUUGGAUGUUUGAGGUUUUAUGUGAAUUAUACUUUAUACAAGUAAAAGUAUUAAAUGAGUCCAUCGAUCAUGCGAAUAAAACCAUUCGUACAGUAGUGCAAUUAUUAAGUAAUGAGAAUCUUUUAAAGGAAAAUGGUGUAUUAGUAUAUGAAAUUAUUCAGUUAUUUAAUGAUAUUGAAUAUGAACAGGGCGUUCGAUAUUCAUGGAAGUAUUUAUCAGAAGGAUUUAUACAUUUAUCUACACGAUGCGAGAUUAUGAAAGGGCUUGCUAAAUACAGCAAGAAUGAAUGCAAAAAUUAUAUAGAUCAUUUAUUACAUUUUGCGCAUCGUUUAGAUUCUAAAUAUUUAAUACCAUCAAGUGAGAUGAUUUAUAAGAUGGUUGAAGAAUAUCCUGAAUAUGCAUUUAUAGUUCGAUUCAAAUUAGUAGAGAUGCAAAUAUUACCUGAUCUUGUUACUCGGUUAACAGUAGUAUAUUGUCGAGAUAUAGUAAGCUUCCUAAAUGGUAUAUUUCAAGGGAAAUCAAUAUGGUUUCUUGCUCAAACUGUAAACAACAGCCAAUAUUUUAUUAAAAUGAAACAUCAUAUUAUAACUGAUAUAGAAGCUAAUUUAAUGAAGGGACAACAAAUGAAUCCUGUUGCGUUAUCUUCAGCCAUUAGGGCAUUAGCAGGAAUUGUGGGUUAUUUUGGGAUCAAGCUAAAUGAAGCUGAAGUGCUUUUAGUUAUGAAAAUUCUUAGUACUACUCGAAUAGAAAGAAUAGUAAAACUAUUACUGUGUGUAAUCCUUUUAUCUGCAGAUCAAUUUCUUAGAAAACAGAAGGAACUAUCAGAUGUCCUUGGUCAAUUAUUACAAUCAGAAAUAUCAGAAAUGCCAUUACUACUUUUAGUUUAUUUUCAAACUGAUGCUAUUCAGCAAGUUGAAGACAUGAUUAGAUCUGUUCUAGCGAUGCAAUUAUCCAUUCACAAAUUAGGACUGUUUGAAAUGCAGAAGCUAUUUAGAUCAUUGAAAACGACGUCUAUUCAUAAUCAUUAGUAAUAAUAAAAUAGCUGUAAAUAAUGGAUAUGCAUAUAUAUCAAUAUAUGUAUUUAUAUCCUAUAUAUUAUUCAAAGAGACAAUAUUGAAGGAGGAAUAUAAUCUACAUGCAAACAGAUGGCUUUUAAAUAGAUACAUUCAUGUAUAUUUAAAGGAAUUACAUAUAUCCUUCUUUAGAAAUAGAU